AUGGGACAGAGAAACGAACAGAGCUCUGUCAUUGCAGCCAUGGCUGUCUUCUCACUCAUCAUCAUAAACAAGGCCGGCGGUCUCAUCUACCAACGCGAAUUCCAGGCUGGCCUGCAAAAGCUCUCUACAAACGACUACCUAGUUCUAGCGGGAACAUUUCACGGCGUCCACGCCAUCACCCGCUCCAUCACCCCCCGAAUACCAACAGCAACUAAUCCUACAACCUCCUCCUCAACACCCACCACCCCCUCCACAUCCUCAAGCUGGUCCCUCCCCGAACCAGGGCAACCCAAAUCCGGCAUUGAAGUCCUCGAAACCGACCGUUUCCGCCUUACGUGUUUCCAGACGCUGACGGGCACGAAAUUCCUCCUCUUUACCGACCCAUUGAUGACCAAUAUCGACACCGUGAUGAAAAAGGUGUAUGAGUUAUAUGCAGAUUAUGUGAUGAAGAAUCCGUUUUAUCAGUUGGAGAUGCCGAUACGAUGUGAGGCCUUUGAUCGGCAUAUGGGGACGUGGUUACGGGGGAGGGCAUAA